CCCUCCCACCACUGAAUCCCUACGAUCCCGCUCUUCUGAUGGCGAGUGUAGUCUGCUGCUUCACCAGCGUCGGGAACCCUGCUAAUCCACCGCUAAAGCCUUCUCUUUCCCCAUGCAAUCUUUCUCAAAAGUCGAAUCUCCCCUUCCAUGGCCCCAUUUUCCCUUGUGGAAGAUCUCAUUUUCAAUCUUUCAAGGCCAAGGCUACGGAGAACGAUGCAGUUGAUACUAAAAAGGCCACAAAAACGAGUAGCCUCGUCUGUGCUGAUUGUGAUGGGAACGGCGCAAAAGUGUGCACACAAUGCGAAGGCGCCGGUGUAAAUUCUGUCGAUCACUUCAAUGGCCAAUUCAAAGCUGGAGCACUUUGCUGGCUUUGCAGAGGAAAGAAGGAGAUUCUGUGUGGAAAUUGCAAUGGUGCUGGCUUUCUGGGUGGCUUUAUGAGCACUCUCGACCAAACGAGUACGUAGAGCAGUGACUAUUUUUACAGAGUAUUUUAAGUCGAGCUUAUUACGCUUGCUCAAAUAAACAUCAAGUUUGUGUAAUUGUUAUUUAAUUACGGAUCAUCCAAAUGUUAGUGUAGCAAUUACUUGAGCAUUAGCGUGGACCGAGUCUUUUGAACUUUGAUGUACCUCGUUAGCAAUCAUUAAUUGCUACCAGCCUGAUCUUAAUGGGGAUGUGAAUUUUUAUGUUU